GCAAGCUGAGAACAUUGCAAUCAAAAUUCAUUCAUUUCGCUACUUUGCUGAAUAUAUCACUACAAAAUGGAGCUGUGUAUUAAAGACAAAAAAAUCGUGGUUACCGGAGCAGGACAAGGAAUCGGCAAUGAACUGUGCAAAACUCUGGACAAGAUAGGUGCAAAGGUGAUAGCAGUAUCGCGAUCGCCCGGUCCACUGGCGGCGCUGAAAAAGGAAUGUCCGUCCAUCGAGAUCGUGCAGGUGGACUUGAGUGAUUGGGUUGCUACCAGAACUGCCCUGGAGAAGAUCGAUAGAGUAGAUGGGCUUGUAAAUAACGCUGGAAUUGCCAUCAUCAAGUCCUAUGAUGAGCUUACUGAGAAGGACUUUGAUGAUACGUUCAACAUCAACAUCAAGGCAGCGUUCAACGUGUGUCAAAUUUUGAUCCCCAAGAUGGGUCCCGGAUCUAGCAUCGUCAAUGUGUCCUCGUUGGCGGGAUUGAAGUCGUUUCAAGGUCACUGCGUCUAUUCAAUGACCAAAGCUGCGCUGGAUUCCAUGACCAAGAGUUUGGCGCUCGAGCUGGGACCGAGGAAAAUCCGUGUCAACAGUGUCAAUCCUACGGUUAUUCUCACUCGGAUGGGACGUGAAAAUUGGAGCGAUCCGGUCAAAGCCGGUCCACUGAUUGCGAAAAUCCCCUCAGGUCGUUUCGGCGAAGUCAACGAGGUAGUCGAACCGAUUGUGUAUCUACUGAGCGACAAGUCGGUCUACAUCAAUGGGCAUUGUAUGCCCUUGGAGGGUGGCUAUUUGGCUGGAAAUUGAGGUGUGAUGAGUGAAAUCGAAAACAACUUUUUUUCAUUGUUUGUUCAAUAAAUCCGUUUAUUAUAUGCUCCAUUUCUUCAUUUAACUCUUUUACAAAUAAGAUGCUUAUACGAGACGAAAAACACAGAAUUGCGCUUAAAAGUAUACGAUAAUGAUGGAACUAAACUCGAGCAUUCCUGCCGUAAGAAUACCUAUACGGUUUUACAUGUGAUGACUGGCGGCACAGUAUAGUGAGUCUUUCGGUCUAAUAUUGUUAAAUUUGCAUGCUGUGAUUGAUUUGCAUAAAUUUUAAGUACACCUGGAUGCGGAUUCGGUAGGGUAAAAUUGCAGUUGAUGGUAAAAUAUGAAAUCUUCAAUGCUAUUAUUGAUCUAUAUAAUGUGA